AUGAUCGGAAUAGUGAGGAGUUUGAUCACCAGAAGCUUGCGACUAACGGACACUGAGUUCUGGAACCAGGAGUUGGACAAACUGACACGGAUUUGCCUUAGUAGUGGAUACCCCAGAGAAUUUAGAGAAAAAAAUGCAGUGGUUAUAGAGGGCCGAUUUGAACUUGGAUUUUAUGAAAAUCAGUUCAAGAAUCAGGAUGACAACCAAAAGUGGAUUUGCCUGCCCUCAUCUGAACUGAGCCAACAAUUGCGACCGUCACUAAGGAAAUGA